CUCGGCGCUCGGCUCGGUACCGCUUCGGCCGGUCCUCGGGCGGCCCCGCUUCGGGCCCCGUCCCGGCCUUCGGGCGGCCCCGGCCGGCGCCUUCGGGCGCGCUCGGCGGAGUCCGGAUGGAGGACUCGGAAGCGGCCGCGAAGCAGCUGGGCCUGGCCGAGGCGGCGGCCGUGGCGGCCGCGGCCGCUGUGGCGGCGGCGGCCGCGGCCGCUGCGGGGGGCGAAGCGGAGGAGCCGGUGCUCAACCGGGAGGAGGACUCGGAGGAUGGCGGCGACUCGGAGGCGGAGCGCGACACGCGGCGGGUGACGGCCGUGGCGGUGAUGGCUGCGGACUCCGGGCACAUGGACAUGGGCGCCGAGGCCCUGCCGGGCUCCGACGAGGCCGCCGCAGCCGCCGCCUUCGCAGAGGUAACCACCGUGACGGUGGCCAACGUGGGCUCCUCGGCUGACAACGUCUUCACCACAUCGGUGGCGAACGCGGCCUCGCUCUCAGGACAUGUGCUGUCUGGCCGGACGGCCCUGCAGCUGGGCGACAGCCUGAGCGCGGAGAAGGCCACCCUGAUCGUGGUGCACACGGACGGGAGCAUCGUGGAGACGGCCGGGCUCAAGGGCCCCGCGGCCCCGCUCACCCCAGGGCCUCCGUCCCCUCCGGCUGCUCUGGCUUCUGUCCAGGAGAAGGGCGGGACCAAGUACAACUGGGACCCCUCGGUGUACGACAGCGAGCUGCCCGUGCGCUGCCGGAACAUCAGCGGCACCUUGUACAAGAACAGGCUGGGCUCCGGCGGCCGAGGACGCUGCAUCAAGCAGGGCGAGAGCUGGUACAGCCCCACGGAGUUCGAGGCCAUGGCGGGGAGGGCCAGCAGCAAGGACUGGAAGAGGAGCAUCCGCUACGCCGGCCGCCCGCUGCAGUGCCUCAUCCAGGACGGCAUCCUGAACCCCCACGCUGCCUCCUGCACGUGCGCCGCCUGCUGUGAUGACAUGACCUUGAGCGGCCCGGUCAGGCUCUUCGUCCCCUACAAGAGGCGCAAGAAGGAACACGAGCUGCCCAGCACCCCCGUGAAGAAGGAGCCCCCCAAGAACAUCACGCUGCUCCCUGCCACUGCGGCCACGGCCUUCACAGUGACCCCCUCGGGACAGAUCACUACCUCCGGCGCCCUGACCUUUGACCGAGCGUCCACCGUGGAGGCCACGGCCGUCAUCUCCGAGAGCCCCGCCCAAGGCGACGUCUUCACAGGAGCCACGGUGCAGGAGGCGGGGGUGCAGCCCCCCUGCCGGGCCGGCCACCCCGAACCCCACUACCCCGGCUACCAGGGCAGCUGCCAGAUGACGCCCUUCCCCGAGGCUGCGCUGCCAACGGCCCACCCCAAAAUAGUGCUGACCUCGCUGCCCGCCCUGGCGGCGCCCCCCUCGGCGGCCAGCAAGGCCGUGUCGUCGGCAGUGCUGAGCGGGCUGGAGGUGCCGGAGCCGCGGAGCUGGCUGUACCUGGAGGAGAUGGUGGACUCGCUGCUCAGCACCGCGCAGCAGCUGAAGACGCUGUUCGAGCAGGCCAGGCAGGCCGGCGCCUACCGCGACGGCGCCGGGGGCCCGGCCCGAGUCCCGGCGGACGCUGAGCGGAAGGAGCGAACCUGCGUCAACUGUGGCCGGGAGGCCCUGAGCGAGUGCACCGGCUGCCACAAGGUCCACUACUGCUCCACCUUCUGCCAGCGCAAGGACUGGAAGGAUCACCAGCACGUGUGUGGCCAGGCCACAGCAGUCGCCGUGCAGGCGGACGACGUCCACGUCGCUGAGGGCGUCAUGGAGAAGGUGCCCGUGUGAAGUCUGGCGGCUGUGCCCCUUGGGGAGGACUUGGGGAGUUGAGAAAGGGAGAACUUGCUGGCCAAGUCACCAACAGACUCUCAGGGUCCCGCACCCCGGUGGGGAGGGGCUGCGUCCGGCGUGCAACCACGUGCGCCACAUGUGUCCCUGCAAUAAAGUGUGGCCCUGUCCCCUGC